AUGCCCUCCGAAGAGGAUCCGGUCGCGUUGAAGAAACAGCGCGCUAUCAUUAAGGGAUCGUGCACGCGGAUUAAGACGUUUGUGGAGAAAAUUGAAUCUGUCACGCCGUCGGUCAGGGCUCAGCUCGCGGAACGCCGAUCCAAACUAGAUCAAUGUUGGUUAGAUUACAAUGCGGUGCAAUGUAAAUUGGAAAUGAUAGACGAUACCGAAGAAGGCGAUCGCGGGGGUUUCGAGGAGGCAUUUUAUAGUCUGUCAGCUAAAAUUCGAGAACUCGUGGAUCCACCGGUUACCCAGUCGCGCAUUGGCACUACGCCUUCUCCGACGACGUCAGGCGUCUCGGAAAUUCGAGAAGCGGCUACGUACGUGCGGCUCCCCAAGCUGAGCCUUCCGACUUUCGGUGGGAAGUACGAUGACUGGUUCCCCUUUUUCGACGCAUUCAACUCAAUCAUCCAUUCGAACGCAUCGUUAACUAAAGUUCAGAAAUUGCAAUACUUGCGAUCCUCGCUUACCGGGGACGCGAGCGAUAUUAUCAACUCCUUGGAAAUAUCGGACGCCAAUUACGAAGUCGCAUGGAAACUGCUCAAGGAGCGUUAUGACAACAAACGAGUCAUCGUACACACCCACGUCAAAGCGAUAAUGGAAUUACCCUCCAUGCACAAGGAGAACGCCACCGAGCUGCGACAAAUCGCGGACGGUGCGUCCAAGCACUUGAACGCUCUUCGAGCGCUGAAUCGCCCCACCGAGCAAUGGGACGAUUUACUCGUAUUCAUCGUGGGCUCAAAACUUGACGCGCUCACACUGCGAGAAUGGCAAGCGUCAUUAACGGGAUCCGAUAUCCCGACCUUCAAAAAACAAGUCGAGUUUAUCGCGCAUCGAUGUCAGGUUCUCGAGGCCACCGGCAAGGCUAAUGUCGCGGGCGCGAAAGUCGCCAACGCUCGUGCUUCAGCAAACGGGAAGCGCCAGGCUGCGUGCGCGGCGACGUUGAAAUUCAAAUGUAGCUUCUGCAAGGGUGAUCAUUCGGUGUAUCACUGCAAAGAGUUUCUUGACCUCAGUAUUUCGCGUAGAAAUGCCGAAAUUCGCAAGUUAAAGGUUUGCCUCAAUUGUCUGCGGUCUACGUCGCAUGCCGCAAACAAGUGCACCGCGGGCGCGUGCAAGGUGUGCAAGGCUAAAUACAAUACGUUGCUGCACACGACCGCGUCCAGCGAGACGACCGAUUCCAACCAAGAGGCGACAGAGAAAUCAGGCUCAACGGCAUCACCUACUGCGCUAGCCAUGCACUCAUCGUGCCCCCUCGACGGCAAGUAUGCCAUGCUUUCAACGGCCGUCGUACACGUCCAGGAUCACAAGAAUUCGUUGGUGCCGUGCCGCGCGUUACUGGAUUGCGGCUCACAGGCGAACUUCGUAUCGAGGAAGUUCCUGUCCACGCUCGGCAUCCCACCACGCGCCGUAGAUAUUUCCAUCUCUGGCAUAAAUGGCUCGACUACCAAAUCCACGCAAACCGUCCGGUUGAAAAUGCAAUCACGCACUAACGCAUUCUCCUUCGAUAUAGAAUGCAUCGUCACAGAUCGGGUUACGGAUAGACUCCCUUCUCUCACGUUCAAGCGGGCCGCUCUUAACCUUCCACGCAAUUUACAGCUCGCCGAUCCCCAAUUCCACGUGUCAGCUGACGUCGACGUUCUCAUCGGCGCGGAUCUGUUUUGGGAUUUGAUAUGCGUAGGACAGAUCAAGGCGUCGCAAACACACCCGACCUUACAGAAGACACGGCUGGGAUGGAUCCUGGCGGGUCGAUUGGGCAUUCCGCCCGGGCCACCGGAACCAAUUAGAUCUCUUCACGCAACAGUGACCAACGCGCAGCUUCACGAGCAGUUGAGCGGGUUUUGGCGCCAGGAGGACGUUGCCAACCAGCCAGUCAACUAUAGCAUCGACGAGGCACGCUGCGAGAAGCACUUCCUAGAAAGCGUGACCCAAGCUGCCAGCGGCAGAUAUGUGGUAAAACUUCCUGUCAAGGAACAAACAAUCGCCAAGCUCGGCGAAUCCGAAAGCACUGCGCGGAAACGAUUGCAGUCGCUCGAGAAGCGGUUCAAGCGCGAGCCAUCUCUGAAGCCACGCUAUGAAAAAUUCAUCGACGAGUACGCUGCACUUGGCCACAUGAAAUUGGUUUCUCCGCAACUUGACGAAAGGGGAUCCGUUUACUUGCCACAUCAUUGCGUGUUCAAGACCACAUCGGCGUCAUCGAAACUACGAGUUGUAUUCGAUGCUUCCUGCAAAACGACCACGGGAGUAUCCCUAAACGACGCGCUCAUGGUAGGGCCCGUCGUCCAGCAGGACUUGAUGUCCAUUUUAAUGCGCUUCCGCACUUUCCGGUACGUUUUUUCUGCCGACAUAAUAAAAAUGUACCGGCAAAUUUGGGUCGACCCGUCGCAGACGUCACUUCAGCGAAUCUUGUGGCGAGGCGACACGAACUCGGACAUCAAGACGUACGAGCUGCUCACCGUCACCUACGGCACCGCCUCGGCCUCGUACCUAGCAACGAGGUGCCUCAAACAUUUGGCAGAGCGACACGAGGCUGAGUAUUCGUUGGGAUCGAAGAUCGUCAAGCGAGACUUUUACGUGGACGAUCUACUGACGGGAGCGGACACGCUCUCCGAGGCCAAGCUAAUUCGUGUGGAAGUCAUUCAACUAUUGCGGCUAGGAUGCUUUGAGCUCAGCAAGUGGGCUUCAAACUGCCCGGAGUUAAUAAAGGACAGCGCGAAUCAGGAUCAAGGGCCGGUCACAAUCGACGAUAACGCAACUUCCCACAUCUUGGGAAUGAAGUGGGAUCAAGUCGAGGAUACCUUUCUAAUCUCACACAACGCUGCCGAAGAUCAAGACAAUAUCUCGAAGC